UUUCUAAUACGGGAGUUUUGGAUUUGACACAACGCUGGCCAAGGCUGUAGGGUAAGACGGCUCAAGUUCAAUAUGGCGGUCGCGGAAGAAGCCUUGAAAGUUUGUGAGACUUUGGAAAAGAUUUUGAAGGGAACAUUUGGACCGAACGGACACGACGUCAUGCUGAAUUCAUCUUCAGGAGAAAUACUUAUUACAAAUAAUGGUGCACUAAUUUUGAGGUCGUUGAAUUUAGAAAAUCCCAUCGGGCGAACUAUUGUCAACAAAAUUGUGUCCUUCUCCUCAAUCUCUGGAGACGGCGCAACAUCAUUCGUGUUGCUUUUAUCAUCAAUCCUACGGGAAGCCGUUUCCAUUACAGGAAUGAGAGAUAACUUUGAUCCCACUGAAACUUUAUCAAUCCACCGAGGAAAAACUUUAGCUGCAUUGUCUCGAGCUUUUUACAAACUUGAAUCAAGUUUACUUGAACAUGAAGUUGUUGUUUCAGUUCUGAACGGAAUCGCAAUAACUACAGACCUCGAGGCCGAGGAUUCCUCGCUUAUCAAAAAGAGAAUGAUUAGACUUCUCAUCACAACACUUAACGGAAAAUUCCCGACCAGUUUAGUUUCAAACUUUGUUGAACUUCUUUACCAGGUGGUGAUGGAGACUUGGAAAUCAUCAGCUAUUUCCCUGCAGGAUGCACUUUUACAUGUAAUUGACGAAUUCGGCCAGAUCUGUGUAGAGGUUCCUGGUGUUCCAAUUUCUUCUUCUCAUUUGAAGCCGGGAGUAAUAAUACCUCGUGGAUUUUCCAUCGAACAACAAGGAGUUCCCAAAACUUCUCAGGAGUUCAUGUUUGUUGUUAUGAACUGUAGUUUUGACUUCUUGGGACCACAGACAUCAUCAUCAAUUCAAAUAAAGGAUGAAACAUCUUUAGGUUUGAGUGUUGAGUGGAAAAGAAACCAAGUAAAAAAAGUAAUAACCAUGUUCAAUGAACAUAAAAUUAAAUUAAUUCUGUCCUCAGAGAAUGUGCCAGACUUUGCCUUGCAUUUCUGUAGGCAGUAUGGCAUUGCUGUUGUUAGCAGCAUUCCUCAGGAGUAUGUCAGGUAUAUUUGUAAGUGUACAGGAAUACUUGCCAUUAAUGAUGUUGGUGUGGUCAAUCUGUCAGAACUCUUUGUUGGAAAGGGUGUUUCAUGUGAUCUUCACACAAUAGGUCAUCAUAGAUUUGUCCAUCUUGAGUUGGAUUUAUCAAACUGCAAAUUCUCUCCAUGCAGCAUACUUCUUUGUUCUCCAGCACAAGGAUUAUGUAGGCAGUGUUACAUUGUUCUUCACCAUGCACUAAAAUGCAUCAAAAUGUCCUUUAGUGAAGAUGGAAAGAAGUUACUCUUUGUACCAGGUGCUGGUGCAUGUGAACUGGCCUUGAGCUUUUCUUUGAAAAAAAUUUCAAAUAGUGUAAAAGACUCAAAUUUAUCACUGGCUUUGGAAAUCCUGAGUAGUGCAUUGCGAGCCAUACCAAGGUUCCUCCAUCAAAAUUCGUUUUCCAUGUCUCAUCCAAAAGAAAAUUUCAUUCACUGUUUGAAUGAGAUGGAGAGGUCUUUGAAGGAUGAUGGAUUGUUGUUAGGGAUAGAUUCAAAGACAGGUAAAUCAGUAGAUCCUCAAGAAUGUGAAAUUUUUGAGCCUCUUCAAGGAAAACACCUGCUCUGGCAGAGUGUGUUACAGUGCACAUCACAACUUUUGAGGACAGAUAAGCUUAUUGGUGUAAGAAAAAUAGACAAUGGUGUGUGAGGAAUAAAAUAAAAUCUUA